AUGAAGUCCUUCGCCGUCACCGCCGUCCUAUUCACUGCGGUCCUAGCUGCUCCAUCCAUGUUGAAGCGCCAGGCCGGCUGCGACCAGACCCAGCAGCCCAGCGCGGACCAAGCUGCCGAUGCCAUCCGCGACUGGCUGCAGGACGUCAACACUGUGAACACAUUCCUCGUCAACGCUGGUCACAACUCGGCCGACCCCGCCGCCCAAGCCCAGGAGGUCAUCACCUUUGCUAACAAUGAGCCUAAGGACUUGAUGGUCCUCGCCGGCAUUUGUGGUGCCACGGACGAGUACACGGAUGCAGUCAACGACCUCAUGGCCAUCUUCGGACAGGUCCUAGUCAAUCUUCAGAGCAUCAUUGACGGGAACGAUUUGCAGACUGCCGUGAACAACAUCAACCAGGUUCGCUGCUGCAACGUUCUGCCCGACCUCGACGCCAUCUGGCUCGAGGCUGCGGAGCAGGAGGGCAUUGUCGGGGAGGUUCAGACCACUGUUCCUCGUCCGGCUGCUUGUGGUACUAUCACUUGUUAA